AUGUCAUCACAGCUAAAUUCAAUACUGGUGACACCUUAUGAUUAUGAGGAUGAAAAGAAAUCUAAUAGAAUACUAGGGAAACCUAUUAUUGCAUCAUCAAAAAACGUACUACUUGGUAUAAUAGCAACAUGUAUAAUUAUAUUUAUUGGAUUGUAUCAAUUUAUAAAUUCAAAUAGUCUUUAUGUACCUAAAAUAACAAGUCUAGGAGAUAAUGUACAAUUUUUUGAUUUAGCAAAUUAUAAAGGUUCAGCAAAUGGUUGGCAAUAUGAUGAAAGAGUAUUAUUCUGUGUACCAUUAAGAGAUGCAGCAGCUCAUUUACCAAUGUUUUUCAAUCAUAUGAAACAAUUGACGUAUCCUCAUAAUCUAAUUGAUUUAGCAUUUUUAGUUUCAGAUUCUUCAGAUGAUACAAUGGGAGAAUUAAAAAGGCAUUUAGUUGAAAUUCAACAAGACUCAAAUCCAGAAAUGAGAUUUGGUGAAAUUGAAAUAUUUGAAAAAGAUUUUGGUCAAAUUAUAGGUCAAAGUUUUAGUGAUAGACAUGGAUUUGCAGCACAAGGUCCAAGAAGAAAAUUAAUGGCUAGAGCAAGAAAUUGGUUAUGGUCAGUUGCAUUAAAACCACAUCAUUCAUUUGUUUAUUGGAGAGAUGCUGAUGUUGAAACUGUUCCUGAAACUAUUUUAGAAGAUUUAAUGCAUCAUGAUAAAGAUGUUAUAGUUCCAAAUGUUUGGAGACCAUUACCUGACUGGUUAGGUAAUCAACAACCAUAUGAUUUAAAUUCCUGGCAAGAAAGUGAUGGUGGUUUACAAUUGGCUGAUGCAUUAGAUGAAGAUGCUUGUAUAGUUGAAGGUUAUGUUGAAUAUCAAACUUGGAGACCUCAUUUAGCAUAUUUAAGAGAUCCAUAUGGAGAUCCAGAAGUUGAAAUGGAUUUGGAUGGUAUAGGAGGUGUUUCAAUUUUAACAAAAGCAAAAGUUUUCCGUACUGGAUCUCAUUUCCCAGCUUUUUCAUUUGAAAAACAUGCAGAAACUGAAGCAUUUGGAAAAUUAAGUAAAAAAAUGGGUUAUUCAGUUGUUGGAUUACCUCAUUAUGUUAUAUGGCAUAUUUAUGAACCUUCAUCAGAUGAUUUAAAACAUAUGGAAUGGAUGGCUUCUGAAGAAGUUAGACAACAAGAAGAAGCUAAAAUUAAAAAAGUUUAUGAUAAAGUUUGGAAUAAAGGUUUUGAAGAUGUUCAAGAUGAUUGGAAAUUGGAGAAGUCGAAAUUUUUAAAGAAUACUGAUAUGCUGAAAUAUAGAAAAAUUCAUGUAGAUUGGUCUGGUAGUGAUGAUUGGAGUAUAGAUCAAAAUGAGAAGGAGGAUAAAAAAUUGGCAGAUUUUAAUCCAUAA